UAGAUGAUAACUGGAUGAAUAUAUGACCUAAAUUAGAUAAUAACCAUAGUUCAAUAUAAUAUAAUCUUUAUGUUUUAUUCAAAUUUCACGUCAUAUAAACCUUGCUAUUGUCCCUUUGGUAGUUUCUAUCAUCUCUCUAAUCUAAGUUCUCCUGCAUAAUGUCCCUCCCAUCGUUUCAGUCCAAAAAUGAAGGACUAUCUCCCUCGGACAAAAAUUGAAUUAGACACACGCAGCCCAGACAGACAAAAAUAUUCGUUUGCGGUCGUGUACAAUGGUUCAAAAUAUAUUGAGUACAGACAGAAAAAAAAAUUAUGAAAAAUUGGAAUAUAUCAAGAUUAUAUGGUGUAAAGGUCAAUAGAAUCAUAGGGAUACACCGACGAUGAAAGCUUCUAGUGUCCUUAACUUCCAACAAACGGCUUUAGCCAACUUGAAAAGACCAUGGCAAACAUUUAAAGACGGUCAAAUAUGGUAUGGUUUCCAAAAGACUGGUUCAAAGAGGGUCCCACUUACCACCAAACAUGGUAACAAGCAUUAUUAUAAAGGUACUCGUUCUUCAGGUAUAGGUAGAUUGAAUAAGAAUGCCACUUAUAUGAUCAACUGGCAAAAAGUUAGAACUUAUGUGGUGCCAGAUUUAUCAAACACUGAAUUAAAAGCUCUUGUAUCAGGAAACUCACCCCAAAUUUAUCAAAAAGUUACAGGAUAUGCUGAUGGAUUCAAAAAUCCAGACUUAGCUUUAAAUAGAGUAAUAGAUUUCGUUGAACAUGGAGAACAUUAUGAUGAUUUAGAUUUAGAAAAGACUCAAUAUUUCGAACAUAUAAUAAAUCCAGAAGUUGAAAAAGCUGAAGAUAAUUUCGAACAAUUGGUUGCACAAGAGCAAAAACAAGAAUAAACGACAUUACCAUCAUCAAUAGUUGGCAUUUCCAACUAAACAAUUAGCAUUUGCACAUACCUUUAUGGCUGUAAAUAUAGUCUUACAUAUUGUACAUAGUAUUUAAAUUAGAAAAAUGUAAUGAGUAUGAACUUUCGUAUUCCGGGCAAUAUCACGUGAACAAAUUGUAGAUACGAGGGGAUGCGUAUAUGAACUAUAUUUAUUUUUUUCGAUAUUUGAUAUUAUUUAAAACUCAAAUCAAUUGAUUCGAAGUAUUCAAU